AUGUUGAGAACCCCAGUAAAUACCAUCAGGUUGUCAAGUCGCCGUGCCUUGAGUGGAUCCCGCAUCGUGGCUAACAAGGAAACCAUAGAAACCCCUUCUAAACUUGCCAGUACAUCAUCAUUACCAAAAAUUGAACAAAAUUUAUUGAAGAAAUCUCCAAGACAACCUUCUAAAAAGUCACCAUUCCUUUCAUCAAAUGUUAUUGAAUCUGAUCCAAAUUACAAAAUGGCCGGUUGGAUGCAACAAAUUGGUCAAACCGUUAUUCGUGUAUUCAAUAUUGAUAUGGAUGCCUCAAGAUCAGGACCAGUAGCUGGAUCUAAAUAUUAUGGUGAAUGUAAGAAACAAUCCCUUUAUUAUCCAAAUGAACCACUUUCAGACUCUGCUAGAUUCUAUUAUGAAACCUUAGGACUCCCACAAUCAUUCUCUCAAUGGUUCCAAAUUACAACUUUACAUUAUUGGAUUUUAACUGUUCGUAUGAGAGCUAUGCCAUUUAAAUAUGGUAAGAAUUAUCAACAAAAAUUAGUUGAUAGAUUUUUUAAAGAUAUGGAAUUAAGAAUGGCUGAAGAAUUAGGUAUUAAUUCAAACAGAAUUAUUGAAGGAUAUUUAAAGGAAUACCAUUCUCAAUUAUUGGGUUGUGUUUUAUCUUACGAUGAAGGUCUUCAAACUGAUGACAUUACCUUGGCAGCUGCUCUUUGGAGAAAUGUCUUUAAUGGUGACCCUAACGCUGAUAUGAGACAUAUUGAAGCAUUAUUGGGACAUGUUAGACAACAAUUGUACGUUUUAAAUAAAAUGUCUGACAGACAAUUUGGAUUUGGAGAUUUCGAAUUUGUUCCUCCAAAUGAAGUGGUUACACCAUUGACAAAAGCUCAAGAAGCUGAAUUGGCUGCUGCUGUAAAGAAAUCUUACGAAGGUAAAACUCUUCCUUCUCAAAGAAGUUCUUUAAGUUUAGACGAGUAA